UUUGUUUUUGACUUUCUUUUUCCAGAUCCAUUGGUUUAGUAUUUUCAACAGUUUUAUGAUGGUUAUAUUCUUAGUGGGUCUUGUAUCCAUGAUUCUAAUGCGUACAUUACGCAAAGAUUAUGCACGUUACAGUAAAGAUGAAGAAAUGGAUGAUAUGGAACGCGAUUUGGGUGAUGAAUACGGUUGGAAACAAGUACAUGGUGAUGUGUUUCGCUCACCGCCACAUACAUUAUUAUUUUCGGCUUUAAUUGGUGCUGGUUAUCAAUUGAUAUCGGUAGUAUUUUGUGUUAUUAUCUUUGCCAUUGUAGGAGAACUAUAUACAGAACGUGGUUCCAUGCUGUCUACGGCUAUAUUUGUUUAUGCUGCUACUUCACCCAUUAAUGGCUAUUUUGGUGGCUCUCUCUAUGCCCGUUUGGGAGGACGCAUGUGGAUUAGACAAAUGCUGGUAUCAGCCUUUAUGGUACCGGUAUUUGUUUGUGGCACUGCUUUUUUCAUUAACUUCAUUGCCAUUGGUUAUCAUGCCUCUAGAGCCAUACCUUUUGGCACCAUGGUAGCAGUCACUUGUAUAUGUUUCUUUGUUAUAUUACCUUUAACAUUGGUGGGUACUGUGGUGGGACGUAACUUAGAUGGUCAACCUGAUUAUCCUUGCCGUGUUAAUGCUGUACCACGACCCAUACCCGAAAAGAAAUGGUUUAUGGAACCAGCUAUUAUCAUAUUAUUAGGUGGUAUUUUACCUUUUGGCUCCAUAUUCAUAGAAAUGUAUUUCAUCUUUACCUCUUUCUGGGCCUAUAAAAUCUAUUAUGUCUAUGGUUUUAUGUUAUUGGUCUUUACCAUUUUAACCAUAGUCACAGUUUGUGUUACCAUAGUUUGCACUUAUUUCUUAUUAAAUGCCGAAGAUUAUAGAUGGCAAUGGACUAGUUUUAUGUCAGCUGCCUCUACCUCCAUCUAUGUGUAUGCUUAUUCAUUUUAUUAUUUCUUCUUUAAAACGAAAAUGUAUGGUCUAUUCCAGACUGCUUUUUAUUUCGGUUAUAUGGCCUUAUUUAGUGGUGCUUUAGGUAUUAUAUGUGGUACUGUUGGUUAUAUAGGCACAAGUGUUUUUGUACGCAAAAUCUAUUCCAAUGUUAAAAUAGACUAGAUAAUUAACUUUAACACUCCGCUCCUUCUCCCCUACAAAAAAAAAAAAAACAAACAACUACAUAUACAAUUGAAAACUACAACAAAUUAUUCUUGUAAGCGUAACAGCUUUUUAUAUUUUAUUUAUCUUUAAUCUAAAACAAAUGCCGACUAAAUAACUUAUAACAUAUUUUCCAUAUCAACUCUAGCUUCUUCUCAACCAAAAUCCCUUAAAUAAAGAAACAAAAAAAAAAAAGAAAAAAAUAUUUCUAAAAAUAGUUUAAGCCAUCUGUUAAGCCAGAGUAAUAAUUAUAAUAAAGCCUAUUCUUAAUAUUUGCUCUUUAUUAUUUUUUAUUCUUUUGUAUAUUUUAAAAUAUGUAUGUAAUUUUAGUUUAUUAAGAAAAUUUUGUUUGCGAAAAUUUUCAUAACAUUUUUUUCCCUCUUAUUACUUAUUUAUGUAUUGUAAUAUUAUUUAUAUUAUAUUAAUUAUUUUAUGCGUUUUUUUUUCUCCUUGGCAAAAGAACUUUUAAUAAUUUAAAAUUUUGAAUUGGUUUUUAGUAUUAUAUUUGUUGGCAAUAAUUGUUUUUUCGUCUUCUUGGGCUGCAGCAAUUUGUCGUAAAGUUCUUUUUUUUUAUUAAACAAGUAGAGUAACUAUUUCUAUUAAAAAAUUAAU